AUGGAGCUGCACACCCGGCUGAGAGCAUGUUGGGUCCUCUGUGAUCGAGGGACCCGGAUCUUCGAGGCCAAGCUAGCCAAGUGGAUGCGCCGGGCCGGUGAGCCACUGACCAAGGCCGCCACCAAUUGGGGCUCUCAAUUCAGUACUGGUGAGAGGCUCCGUUGUCAGGGAACGCUCAUGCUAGCAUCCACGGUGGGAAAGAAAAAAGCAAGUAAGAAGAAAAAACAUGGAUGCUUCGGUGUGAGCGUCUGGGUGUGCAACACUGCUGCGGGAAGCGACCGAAUGCCAACCAGAAGAGCAAGUCGGGGGGGUGAUGUUGGCUGUGGUGAUCGGAUGACGGGCCAAUGGCAGUCAGACUGCGCAGACCCUCAUCAGGUAAACAAGAGGAUAAUCCCAGUGCCGGCCAGCCGUCGAGGCCGACCCAUGGGCGAUCAACACGGCCGGUGUUUUGUCCCUGAAUUGUGA